AUGUUGGCUUGCCGUGUGUUGUGCCUGUGGGCUAUUCUUUUCUGCUGUGUGAGUGUGAGUGGAGCCACAGAGACUGUCGAGCAUAAAAUUGAAAUCAAUAAAGAAUUGAAAAGCAUUACUGAGAUGGCAGACGAAGCCGUUGCAUUUGUUAAAGAAGCAAAUGCGACGAGGAAUGAGACUUUGCAUUUGAAGGAUCAAUGCAAUGCAGCUGCAGAAUAUGCUACAUACUUAACCAGAGAAGCCACAACGUUUGUCGAGAGUCUUGAUCAGUUCGUCAAAACAGCUGAGAAUGACCCGUCCGAUGGGGAGGCUGAGAAGAAGAAAGGCGAUGAACUUCUCGAGAAGAUUACAAAUGCCGCAGCCGAUGCAGAGAAUACUGCAAGGUUAACUACAGCAGCAACAGUUCCGACUAUUGAAUAUGGAUUGGCUGCUCGGCAGCUAUUAAUUUAUUUUAUCUACUCAUACGAAAAAAAGAAAUCAUCCAUGGAACAACCCGAUGGUGGCGAUAAACUAAAACAGUUGGAGACUAUUCAUAAAAAGGUAGAGACCGCAUUCCCUUACACGAAUGGAACGGCUCUGUCAGAACUCUCGUUAGGUGCCCUAAUCGCCGCAGAAGAUGCAGACGAGGCAGCACUAAAAGCUGAAGCUGCAGUGAAGUCUGCUAAAAUAGCUGCUAACCUUUUAAUGGAGGCCUUAAAGAAACUCGAGGAGGUGAUUACUGCUGCUAAGGAGAGAAUCAAAGAAAUACCACCACGACAAAAUCAAGGAUCAGCGAACACUACAGGGGAUAAAGGUGUACCUGGCGACUUUACCACUAACAAGCAACCAUCUUCUGCAAGUACGACUGUCACUUCAGACACACAAGAAACUAAUCCCACUACUCCGCCGAGCAUCGAGAACACUACCACAGAUGCAUCAACCACCACGACAACAACAACAACACUUCCUUCUGCUUCUACCACAGAGAUCACUAACAGCAUUGCAUCCACCGUGCAGAAGAAGACUAAUGUUGACAGCAGCAGUGUCAGUCCUGUGUGGAUGCGCACUGCAGCACCGCUACUGAUUGUGGUUGUGUUGUUCUCCGCUACCGUGUACUGA